AGAGGCCAUGCUUCCUUCCCUGCCGGUCUUGGCUCUUGGCCUCCUGUUAACUCUGGCCUUGGGCCAGACAUUCCAAUUUCAAGAACAUGUCUUUCUCCAAUUUUCGGGCUUAGACAAGAUGCCUUCACCCCAGAAAUUCCAACCUGUGCCUUAUAUCAUGAAGAAAAUUUUCCAGGAUCGAGAGGCAGCAGCCACCACUGGAGUCUCCCAAGACUUAUGCUCCGUUAAGGAGCUGGGAGUCCGUGGGAACAUACUUCGACUUCUCCCUGAUCAAGGUUUCGUUCUUUACUCCAACAAUCUUCCCAAGGACUCCUCUUGCCUACAGAAGCUCCUCUACUUUAAUCUGUCUGCAGUCAAAGAUACGGAGCAGUUAACAAUGGCCCUUCUGGGUCUGGACUUGGGGCCCAACACUUACUAUAACCUGGGACCAGAACUGGAAUUAUCUCUGUGCCUGGUUCAGGAGCCUCAUAUGUGGAGCCGGUCCAUCCCUAAACCAGGUAAAAUGUUUGUAUUGCAGUCAGUACCUUGGCCUCAGGGUGUCCUUUACUUCAACCUGCUGGAUGUGGCUAAGGUUUGGAAUAAUAACCCCCAGAAGAACUUAGGUUUGUUCCUAGAGAUACUGGUCAAAGGAGACAGAGACCCUGGGGUGAAUUUUCAGCUUGAGGCCACCUGUGCCAGACUGAGCCGUCUUCAUGCUUCCCUGCUGGUGGUAACCCUUAAUCCGGAGCAGUGCCACUCUUCUUCCCGAAGAAGGAGGGCAGCCAUCCCUGCCCCUAACGCUUCUUGCAAAAACCUCUGCCAUCCUCACCAGCUAUUCAUCAACUUCCGGGACCUGGGUUGGCACAAGUGGAUCAUUGCCCCCAGAGGGUUCAUGGCAAAUUACUGCCACGGACAUUGUCCUUUCUCAAUGACCACCGCCCUCAACAGCUCCAAUUAUGCUUUCAUGCAAGCACUGAUGCAUGUAGUUGACCCAACGAUUCCCCAGGCUGUCUGUAUUCCCACCAAACUGUCCCCCAUUUCCAUGCUAUAUCAGGACAAUGAUGACAAUGUCAUUCUACGACAUUAUGAAGACAUGGUAGUUGAUGAAUGUGGGUGUGGGUAAGCUGUCAGAAAAGGGAAUCGAAGGAGUAUUCUUAAGGUAAAGCUUUUAAUAAAACUAUCUAUCUGGUUUAUGACCUGUUGGAUC